AGGCUCAAGCUGUUUCUGGCUCGGCCGUUGGGCGAAGCACUAUUACAACCGGGAGGGAGCCUAGCGGCGACCAGUUGGGGCGAAGCACCCUGUGCAAUCCUGCAGGAUCUCCUUUCCAGGCACCGCAGGGAUGGCGAAUCUCCCUUAUGUCGGUGAGCAGCCACCAGGGCCAGCGUUGGCGUGGGCGGAGGCAUCCAGCGUGGCGCCCGCACUGAGGCAGCCCUCGACUCCCAGCAUGGCCCACAGCUGCCCCUGCGGAAUGGGCCACAGCAGGGCCGUGCGGGGCCCCGGCGACCUCGGUCCCAACCAGAUCCGCAGGCCUCGGGCGCUCCUACCUCCCCAGAGUUCGGCACCUGCGGCUCUCGAAGACCUUCCCUAUAUGAGGAGGCCCAACAUGCGGAUCCCCGAGCCUCGCAUGGGCAGCCGCACGCCACGCCGGCACGCGGCCGGUGCCUUCGCGGCGCCCGAGUUGUUGCCGCAGGUGGAGCUGGCCAGCGGAAAGGCAGUGGGCAACCAGACGGUUGAUAUCGAGUCCACCUCCGUCCUCUCCGUGGAGUCCUCGAUGCUUCCCAUGGCCUGCCUUUGGCUCCACGGGAACAGUGCUGUGGCCGGCGAGGCCGAGCGGCCUUUCUGCACCCUGCUUGGGCACAAUCGUCUCAGCGGCGAUCCGUGCCGACGAGAGGAGGACCGCGAGGAGGAUCUGCCGAGUCAUGGCCAGAGCAUCUCCCGCAGGCCGCCCGUCCUCGACGAGCGCGGAAGGGCCCCGCGCUCCCCUGGACCUGCCGGCGCGCUCCGCGCGCCAGAGAGGGGGGCCCCCCGCGCGGGAUCCGCGCGGAGCGCCAGAGGCUGAGGUCUGUGCCGCUGCCUCUGCUCCUCGGGGGUGGGGGGGGGUGAAGCGCAGGGCGACUCUCUGCUCCCCCUCUCUCUCUCUCCUGCGUGCGACUGUGUGGGACUUUGGAUCUUCGGCUGAUAGGUCAGGUUCCGGAUGUCCACACGGCUGAUCGUGCACAGGUGAAUCUCACCAGAACCUUGAAGUCAGAAUUCCGGGCGUGCCGUCGCGGAAAGGCCGGUACAUUCAGAGGGUGCCCGCACCGGGCGCGGCCACCGUGCGCCCUUGGAGCGCCGCGGCGGCCUGCGCCGCGGCGCCGCGGUCAGCCAGCACGUCUGCGCCUAAUCCGCCGCCGGGCGACGCCGAUGCUGGCCGCCAGGUUGGAGGGGCAGCUGAGGCCCAGCUGCUUGAGCAGCGGGUCGGAGACCCAGGCGAGUUGCCGUAAUCAUAGGUUUGGGGAAGCCGUCGUAAGGGGAGGACCUGGAAGAGGACACGCUCUAGGCGACCUGUGCCCAGAGGGCUGGUGGGAUUACACAAAUCCAGCAAGCCCCAGCGUGCCAGGGGGCACGGUGUCGGAUGACGGGUAGAGCCCGCCUGAAGUGCACGCUCCCCGCAGCUUGGAGACAUGGUCUUAUAGCUCUCCCUUUUUUGACCCCAGUCUCGUCGCGAGGUGCACAGAUGACGCAAUGGUCCUGGUGCAUUUCACGGUCAUGCCCGCCCUGUCUGGUAUCGCCGCUUUCGCGUUUGCUAUCCAUGCUUCAAUUGCAACUCAGGUGCAGCCUGCAACUUGCUGAGGAUUCUCCACGGCAAUGGCGAUUAUGACCGAUGCACUGCACCGCCUUUUUGUUAAGUCUGUCUGCGUCGUGUUUGCAAAUUCUUCUUGGGUGUGGCCAGACGCGCGCGGUCCCCUGAAGUCACCUGGGUCAGGCUCCUGGGCCACGAAUUUCUCAUCGUAGGUUGAAGGGGAUUAGUGCUCCCCUUGGCUCUACUAACCUUCGCGUCAUCUUCUCCCCUUCCUUUUUCCUGCUGUGCCAGCGCCCUCCCCGCGAUCCUACUGGUGGGGGAAUGCGACUUUCUGGCGCCUGAGGGCUCGGGCUCCCGAACCUCCUUUCUUCUGUGCCUGCCUGGCGCUGGGCUAAGUACCUGCGCGAUGCAGUGCGGUAUCCUCCUCCUCCUCCUCCUCCUCCUCCUCCUCCUCGUCUUCCUCCUCCUCCUCGUCCUCCUCCUCGUCUUCCUAGCAAGAAUUCAUAGGACACCCUUUGGAAAGACGCUCUUUUGAGAGAGCCUCCAGGGGCACUAGACACGGGCGCGGCGCCGCAUUCCGAGUGGACUCGGGCGGGAUAGGUGGUGGCCGGAGGUCUGCGGUUUUUUUGGGGGCCCGUGGGAUUCGACCUCACCCCGCGCAGCCCGCAUGGAGUGCACGCUCGGCGGCGCCUUCAGGCCUGAUCUUGUCCAGCUGUCUCUGGCAAUUCCUGCCACCGUGCCAGCGCAGGACUUUGGGCUGCAGCUGCUCGACAAGGCAUCCUCCUCGUCCCCAGUAACCAGUGAAACCGGGAGGUUCGGGGGCCUUGAGACGGGGGUCAAUGCAGACGGGGGUCAGCCAGGGCACCGGAUCCUGCAGCAUCCUGCGAAGACCCCCUCUGGCUGACCCGGGUUAGCGAGCCGCUCGUGGCCGCGAGGCGGCCGCGCUUAUUGGCUGACCCGGGUUUGCGACGACCUGUGUUGACCCCGCCAGUGCAGUCUCUUUCUUUUCACCGCCGAGGCGAUCGUUUAUUUCAUUCCGCCUUGCGUGCACACCCGUGGGCAAUCGACCAGAUAAGUGUGCGCCAGGCUGAUACGUCUCCGUCGGAA